AUCAAACGCGGUUGGGAGCGUCGGUGUGAUCAGCCAGUAGAAGUGAAAGUUACAACAAAGUAGCGUGUUCUUCAUUUUCUGGUGAGCUCUUACAAAGCGACACUCACUGAUCAGAUAUGGUGAACAAUCUUUGUUCGUUGCGGCAAAUUUUCCUUUCAAUAUUUGGCUUUGCUUUACUUACGUUACUGCGGAUUCCGCACGGUGGGUGUAAAACAGUACAUCCAGCCAACUGCAGCGGAUGGAUACCGAUCAACAACACGAAAGUAUGGGAGUGUGGUUAUGAUAGUUACAUCAAACUAGGACCUUUGAAAGGCAACAAUUGCUCAACUAUCAAGUUAUUGCUUGACCGCUGUACGGACUGUAAUGGAUUGCCAACCAGCUGCAGAUGUGAAGGAACUACAGAGAAACGAAUGCUUGGAGUGCCGAUAAUAUUCCUUUAUGGCAUAGCAAUCGGAGCCAGUUCUAUAUUUUUCCCAACACUCCUCUUUGUUGUGAUUUUGCAUUGUUACAAGAUGAAAAAAAGAAAAGAUAGAUCCUUGAGCGAACAAAAUGAAAUGAUGCUUACAGAAACACAGGACACGAGAGGAGAGGACUUUAGUCCACCCAAAAGAUCUACGGAAGUAGCUGAGACACAGAACGUAGGACAACAAGAAUCGUCCAAGGUCAAAGGAGAACCCACUUACGAGAAUGUAAAUCGCAAAGCUCGUGAUGAUUCUCUGGAAAAUGGCAAAGUAGGUGCUGCCCAAAGUCACACAUCAGAAGCUGCUGAAAAUGGCAACGAAUGUAACAUCGAAGGCAACGUGCAAGGCGAUACACCUUCAGGAAAAACGAUUAAAGGUCGCAAAGGGUAUCUUCAGAUGAAACAGAAAAAGACAGGAGAAAAACAUCCCUUGUACGAAAACUGCAACGUAAGCCGGCGUUACAUGCAUAUCAUGCCAGAGAACAAAAAGCAGAACAAUUCAUCCGAUGAGAAAAGCACAGAUGCGAAGGAGAAAAAAGACGUAAAAGACCAUCCAGGUGAUAUCGUUCCCAUGAAGACAGAAAAAAAAUUACCAAGGAAGACUGGAACAAAGCCACUUUGCCGACCUUCUUCUGCUGCAUAUGUAAACGCACACAUGGGAAAAUUGUUAGGUAGUUUCGGUAAAAAACAGACCGAAUGAAAAAUCAUGACAUCAUUCAAGCAUAGCUUGUAAAAAUAACAAGUAACUUUUAAGUUGCAUAAUACUAGAAUGAAGCUGACUUUCAUUUUAACUUUUAAAGUGUUUAAUCUCAGACCACCUUUAAAAGGCCUGAAUUUUCUUGAAGAUUUCUGAUUUCACUCAAAGCAUAUACGUACAAGUAACUAAU